CAUCUUUUCCGUACUACAUUUACCCACAAUCGUGAACCUCUCCUCGGCAUCUAUAAGCUUGUUUGUAUUUUUUUUUUUUUUUUUCAUUUUUCAUCUAGAGUAAAGCGGAUAUCGCGCGGGACUUUAUCAUUCAGAUGGCUCAGUUAACCCCUUUGCCGGAAGUGGAGAGGCUCAGUGCCUCGGUGGUGCGGAUACUUGGGGGAAACCCUGGCAAGUUUACGUUACAAGGAACGAAUACUUAUUUAGUUGGCCAAGGGCCUCGGCGCAUCCUUAUUGACACCGGCGAGGGCAGGCAGUCAUGGGCAACACAUUUAAAGAAAGUGUUGUCAGACGAGAAUGCGACGGUUCACGAGGCUCUUGUGACGCAUUGGCACCAUGAUCAUGUUGGCGGCAUUCCGGAUUUACUGAAACUAUGUCCCGAGGUGACAAUUUACAAGCACCAGCCUGAGAAUGGACAGGUAGAUAUUGCAGAUGGACAGACCUUUAAGGUUGAAGGGGCAACGCUUAAAGCGGCUCAUACGCCGGGACAUACAGUGGACCAUAUGAUGCUUUUGCUUGAGGAGGAGGAUGCUGUUUUUACGGGUGAUAAUGUUUUGGGGCAUGGAACGGCGGUUUUUGAGGACCUAAAGGCCUACCUUGACAGCUUACGGCGAAUGCAAAAUCGUGUUUCGGGUCGAGGAUACCCGGGUCAUGGGCCGGUGGUGGAGAGCGCCACCGCAAAGAUAACAGAAUAUAUACGGCACCGACAAGAGCGCGAAGACCAGAUAAUCCGAGUGCUUCGCUACGGGAAACUCGAAGUCGGGGAACGGGAGCGCUCACCUGAACCAAAGUUGGCAUGGACACCGAUUGAGAUAGUGAAGAUAAUCUACCGCGACGUCCCAGAGAGCCUCCAUCUUCCAGCCGCCAACGGUGUGAUCCAGGUGUUGGACAAGUUGGAAGCUGAAGGGAGGGUGAUACACGAUACUGACUCAGGCCGAUGGACCCUGAACGCUGGGAAAUCAGCCCUAUGAUUUGGGUGUGCGAUGUUUUUGGAUCUUAGCAUGAGGGUAUGAUGUAUUCUGUAGCCUCAGGCCACAAGCGUUUGAUGAGCAGUAGGUAACCUUGGCAAAUCCAGCGCAGAUUCCGCCUAGAGGCCAAGCGCGGUAGCAAAUACAGAAAUUUUAAGCUCCACUGAC